CACGUCAGUGAAAUCCUUUUGAACCAGGAAGUGGCGAUAAAAUGGCUUCGAAACACCAGGUCGAGAGUUGGACCGAGGAGGCAGUUUGUCCCAUCUGCCUGGAUUUCUUCACCGAUCCGGUGAUACUGGAGUGUGGGCACAACUUCUGCCGCUCCUGUAUCACACAGAGUUGGGACAGGGAGGAGAGAAACUCCUGCCCGGAAUGUAGAGAGGAAUCUACAGACCGCACCCUCAAGGUGAAUCGGACCUUGGUUAGACUGGCUGAGAAAGCUCGAGCACUGAGCCUGAAUCUCAAAGAGAAGGAAAGUAAACUUCACUGCGAGAAACAUCAGGAAGAACUGAAGCUGUUUUGUGAAACGGACAAGAAACUGAUCUGUUUGAAUUGUGCAGCUGCGCAGGAACACAAGACUCACAGCUUCAUGCCGGUAGAGGAAGCUGUUAAAAUCUACAAGCCUCAGGUGAAAUCUACAUUCGAAUCCCUCACACGACAGAAAUCACAGACCCAGCGAAUUGAGGAAGUACAGAAAUGGAACAUUCCUGUUGUUCAGGAAGAGUCACGCAACUUUCAGUCACAGGUCACAUCCCAGUUUGCUGAUCUACACCAGAUUCUCGUGGAGAAAGAGCAGCGCAUACUGGGAGAUAUCCAGGAAGAAGAGGCGAAGAUUGUAAAAGACAUGGAAGAAAAUCUUCAAGAGAUACAAGAGAAAUUAAAUUCCAUUCACGAGGAACUAUCAAAGUUACAGGAACAGAUAGACAAGGACGGUGCGAUAUUUCUGAAGGAGCAAGCUGGUCACAAGAGCAGGGUUAGAGAAGAAACCUACUCACUGGGUGUGAUAGAAGGUGUGAUGCCGAUUGACAAGUUUGAUCUCACUUAUUUCCACAACAUGGUAUUGAGAGAAACAUCUGAUAUCAUCAACCGAGUCUCCAUCACCCUGGAUGAGGAAACAUCGGGUCUGCAGCUUGAGGUGUCUGAGGAUCGAAAGAGGGUGAGACUGGCCGAGUACUGCAGGAAUCUCCCUGAAACCGAGAAGAGGUUUACAUCCCUGGAGUGUGUGCUGGGAUCGGAGGGAUUCACAUCGGGGAGAUAUUACUGGGAGGUGGAGGUGGCGGAGUGUCGUGGCUGGAGUCUGGGGGUCGCCGCAGAGUCUGUGGAGAGGGGUGAUGCGAUAGAGUUGACCCCGGAGUCUGGAGUCUGGAGCAUCGGGCGGCAGGGUGAAUGGUUUAAUGCAAAUACCGAACCUCUAUCCCCACUCCCCCACCGUCCCACCCCCAGGAAGGUGGGAAUUUAUCUCAGUUACGAGUCCGGGAUAGUGUCAUUUUACGACGCGCGAACCAAGUCCCAUCUCCACACCUUCACUGGGAAUAAAUUCACGGAGAAACUUUAUCCUUUCUUCUGGGUUUGGGAUGAAAACCAGUGGCUGAUAAUCUGCCCCAGUUCCGCUCGCGCGUGUAGAAGGGUCGGGUCCCGGGACCGGCGUCAGGAGCGGGGCUCAGGGGCUGUGGGGCAGAAACCCCGGUGGACAACAGGUCGGCGCAAGUCGUUCACCGACCCGGUUUCGCUGGAGUGCGGCCACACCUUCUGCAAGCCCUGCAUCGCGGCGACGUGGGGCAAGAAGGGGUCGAACUCUUGUCCCGAGUGCGGCGAGGCCUCUUCGGGCACAAACUUCGGGGUGAAUCGGGCCGCCGCCGAGAAGGCGCGGAGCUUCAAAGUGGAUUUCACUCCGAGAGGGAGCAAGGCUCAUUGCAAGGAACAUCAGGAAGAAGCGAUGCUCUUUUGUGAGAACGAUAAGGAGGUGAUCUGUCUGAAAUGCGUGGCUGCACCGGAGCAUGGCGACCAUCGCUUUAUGUCCAUUAACGAGGCCGCCGAGACCUACAAGGAUCGGCUGAAAAAAUCGUACAACACUCUCACAGAGAAGCAAGCGAUGGUUAUUGACUUGGAGCGGCAGCAGCGACUGAAGAUGACCAAGAUUACGGAUCUGUCCACGAGCAUGCAGAACAACAUCAGCAGUGAAUAUGCAAGGAUGCAUAGAAUUCUCUCGGAGAAAGAGCACCGUUUAAUCAAGGAGCUGAAGAAACACGAGGAGAAUGCGCUGGAUACAAUCGGACAGAAUCUUCACGGAAUCCAGACCUACUUAGGUUUUGUCGAUAAAAGAUUGUUAAAGAUGCAACAAAGAAUGUAUCUGAAGGACAGUUUUGCACUUCUGAGGGAGGAAACUCAGAAGAGGAGGAUUAACGAUGAUGAUGGCCAACCAACAGUGGAGGACGCCAGCCUGGCCAUUGACAAAUUUAAUGGUCCCAUACUCUACAUCACAUGGAAGGACAUGAUCAAUUAUAUUAGCUCCGCUCCGGCCCCUCUGACUCUGGAUCCGAAGACGGCCAACCCUUGGCUCGUGGUCUCCAAGGACCAGACCAGCGUGAGGUGCGGGGACAGGCGGCAGGAGCUGCCCGACACCCCGGCCCGCUUCGACCGCAGAGCCUACGUGCUGGCGACCGAGGGCUUCUCCUCGGGCCGCCACUACUGGGAGGUGGAGGUUGGAGACAAGAUUUGGUGGGGGCUGGGGGUGGUGGAGGAGACGGCCAACCGCAAGGGGAGCGCCGACCUGAAGCCGGAGACGGGGUUCUUUACCAUCUGCCUGCUCCCCGGGAAGGGGUACGUGGAGUUCAGCUCCCCGCCCCGGGGACUGCUCACCCCCGCCGUCAACCCCAGGAAGAUAGGCGUGUUCCUCGACCACGAGUUGGGCCAGGUGACGUUCUACAACGCGGACGACAUGUCCCACCUCCACACCUACACCCACACCUUCAUCGAGAAGAUCUACCCCAUUUUCAGUCCGGGUCGGAACGACGCCGGGGAUAACUCAGCGCCGCUGAGAAUACGCAGAUUGCAAAGUGAUAGUCGGCUGCAACAGGAAGUGGCGAAUGCAAGUAUGGCCUCCCAACUAUUUCAAACCGACAGCUUCACGGAGGAUUUGAAUUGCUCCGUCUGCUUGGAUUUCUUCACGGAGCCGGUAUCACUGGACUGCGGGCACACCUUCUGUCGCCGCUGCAUCGCGCUGUUCUGGGAAGAGUCGAAUAAAAAAUCCUGCCCAGAAUGUCGGCAAGAGUUUGAAGAGAAAAACUUCAGCAUAAACUGGGCCUUGGCAAACCUGGCCCAGAAGACCCGGACAUUGAACGAGAAGUCCAAAGCGACGGGAAAUCAACACCUCUGCCAGGAACAUCAGGAAGAACUCAAGCUGUUCUGCGAAACUGACCGGAAACUGGUCUGCCUGGUCUGCAGAGAUGCGAGGGAACACAAGUCUCACAGCUUCAUUCCGGUCAAAGAAGCUGUGGAAUUCUACAAGGACCGGAUCAAGACUUCCUUCGACACUCUCACAGCGAACAAAGUGGCGGCGCUGAGUGUAAGACUAGCGCAGAAUGAGCGGAUUUCUGGAGUCAAGGAACAGUCGCGCAGUUUGCAGUCGCUGGUCUCGGCAGAUUUCACGAAAAUUUACCAGAGUCUCCGGGAGAAGGAGCAGAGUUUGAACAGAGAGGUCAGGGAACAGGAGCAGAGGAUCCUAGACGCCAUGGAGGGGAAUGUCUCAGUCAUUGACAAGUAUUUAAGUUCCGUUCGGAGAGAACUCUCCAAGCUGCAGAAGCAAAUGGGGGAAAACGACGGAGUGACAUUUCUGAAGGCAGAAACAUGUCAGGAGAGGAGGUUUAUUUCUAGGGAGGAAACUCUAUCAUUAGUAGACACCGCCUUAUCUAUCGAUAAAGUCGGUGGGCCUUUCCAAUACAAACUCUGGAGAGAAAUGGCUGAUGUUAUUAAACCAGCUCCUGUUUCCCUGACGCUGGAUCCCAACACGGCCCACCCCUACCUCAUUCUGUCUGAGGACCUGACCAGCGUGACACUCGGGGACCAAGGCAAGGAGGUGCCCGACACUCCGGGGAGGUUUGAUCGCAGGUCCUCUGUCCUGGCCUCCGAGGGGUUCUCUGCGGGGAAACACUACUGGGAGGUCGAGGUGGGGACAAAGACCUGGUGGGAGCUGGGAGUGGCCGAGGAAUCUGCCGAGAGGAAAGGCCACAUCACCCUUCAAACCGACAUGGGUUAUUGUAUCAUGUGCCUUGUGUACGGGAACUCCUAUGUGGCCCUCACCUCCCCAAGGACCCCUCUCGUCAUCAAGGUGAAUCCCAGUAAAAUUGGCGUGUACCUGGACCACGAGGGGGGUCAGGUGUCAUUUUACAAUGCGGACAAUAUGACCCUUCUCUACACCUUCAAUCAAAGUUUCAAGGGCAGAGUCUUUCCCUUCUUUAACCCUGGGUUAAAUAAAGAUGGGAAAAACUCGGCUCCCCUGAUAAUCUGUGGGGUUAGAUAUUAGUAAUCAUUCUGCAGAGGGGCAAGGUGUUGCGAUCUUUCAGCUCCACGGACAUGAGUUUGAUUCUGAUCUCUAUGUUGAGGUGAUAUUUUCUCUCCAUGAUCUCUUGUGCUUCCCCACAGCUUCACACCUUUCCUCCUUACUCCUUAAAGAUGAGCGGUUUACAAAACAUUAAUGCCAAUUUAACCUGUUUGCACGUUUUUUGAACAAGCACUGGAACCAUGUUGUACAACUUGUCUGCAUGGAAAAAUAAAAAUUCAUGAAUGUAAA